GCUGGAAUGAGUCUGUCAUCUGUUAAUCGAGUCUUGUCGACUCGCCGCUGCUCAAGGAGGAUUGUUGUCAUACUCCUUAGGCUAGCCUUAGCUAGCCGUGUGAUUUUCUCUCCCUCAUACUUUGAUCCACCAGGAUGUUAGGAUGGAGUGCGACCAAGUUUUACCGGACAGCCUGGUGUUGGAGAUCUUCCUUCGUCUGCCUCAUGAUGCUGUGCUGAGAGCUGGUCUGACCUGUAAACAGUGGCUGGCUGUCUCCAGAGAUGAGUUCCUCUGGAGAGCGCUGUUCUACAACUACUACCGCAUCCCGCGCUGCGUACCCCGACACCCAGCGGCUGUGUCAUGGUACAGAGAGUUCAGGCGUCUGUUUGACUGCAUCCCUUGUGUGGAGGUUCAGACACUAAGAGAACACAGCGACCAAGUCCUCCACUUGGCUUUCUCUCACAGGGGCCAUCGGUUCUCAUCCUGCUCUAAAGACUGUACUGUCAAGCUGUGGGACACAGAACGAUCUGAUGGUAACAUCUCACUGGUGCACAGUUCCAGCAUGCGACAGUUCAAUUGGGGUUACACCCAGUUCUCCCAGUUUAAUGCUGAUGACAGUCUGCUUCUCGUAUCUGGUGUUUACCUGGGCCCACAUCACUCCUCUUCUGGAGAAAUUGCUGUGAUCAGUCUCGAUAAUUACACACUUCUGUCCCGCGUGAGGAAUAAACCAUAUGAUGUGUUUGGCUGCUGGCUGAAUGAGACCCAUCUGAUCUCUGGGAACCUGCACUGGAUAGGCAACAUGACGUCCUGUUCUGUGCUCUGGCUUAAUAAAGCUUUUCAGGAUAUUGAAUCGGAGAAUGUCAAUGUGGUGAAACGCCUUUUCAAGAUUCAGAACAUUAAUGCCAGCACUAUUCGUACCGUCAUGGUUGCCCAUUGCCGUCGUCAUGACAACCCAGACUUGUUGCUGGACUAUGAGGCUCAGUCUCAGGCUCGCAGGCAGAAAGAUCAGCAGAAGCACCAGCCGCUCUUUUUUGACCUGGGUACCUCUGGCAGUGAAGAAGACGAGGACGAGGAGGAGGAGGAAGACGAUGAGUAUCAUAGAGAAGCAAGACAUCAUGGUCGUUCCACUGCCCGCAUCCCCCAAGCCACCAUCUCUGGUCUCGACCAUGUUAUGCGGAGUUGUAAAAAUGUUGGAUCCAGAGAGCUGGAGAUUGAAACCCAUGUGGCUCAGAUGAUGGGCAGAGCCCAUACAAAAGCACCGGAUUCCAACCUAAUUGAGAGCGGAGAGCAAGAAGAUAAGACUUAUUUACUCUUCACCACUGGCAGCCUUACGUACUCCCCUCACCAGAUUGGGAUUAAACGAAUCAAGCCUGAUCAGAUGACAACUAGUGGCCCAGUCCUUGGUGAAGAGCGAAGUUCAGAUGAGUUUUUCGAUUCCUUGGAUCAUGUAAUUGAUAUCCAUGGACACAUCAUUGGUAUGGGCCUUUCUCCAGACCACAGGUACCUGUAUGUGAACAGCCGAGCUUGGCCGGCCGGAUGCGUGAUCUCUGACCCCAUGUCUCCACCUCCCAUUGCUGAGGAGAUAGACCUGCAUGUCAUCGACCUGAAGAAUCUGAGGGAGGAAAGGAGGAGUCUUCGUGCUCACAGAGCCUUCACGCCCAACGAUGAGUGUUUUUUUAUCUUUCUAGACGUCAGCAGGGACUUUGUUGCCAGUGGAGCAGAGGACAAGCACGGCUACAUCUGGGACAGGCACUACAACAUCUGUCUUGCACGUCUGGCCCAUGACGACGUAGUGAACUCAGUAGCAUUUAGCCCUGCUGAUCAAGAGCUGCUGCUCUCUGCUAGCGAUGACUCUACCAUUAAAGUGUGGCGCUCGCCACGCAUGGUCCGUCUAGCACAGACUCCGGCAAGACCGCUGAGGCCUCGGAACCUCCUGUCAUCCUGGCUGAGCCGCAACAAAAACUCCACAUCUGCCAGCAGUGUCGGUGGAAAACCAUGAGCCAGGUUGGAAAACACUAAGAGGGGAGGGAGUGGGAAGUGGGAAAUUCAAACAUUUCCCAAUAGGUGUGACUAUAUUUGCACUCCAUGUACAAGUACAGUGUGGUGACAGUGGUUUUGCUUGAGCUCAUGGUGUUGUAACCCACAGCAGCUGGAGAUGAGAUGUGAUUCGGGGUUAGACACAAGGGAGCGCUGUUUCACAAGCAAAGGGCUGAAAUCGGCAGCAGUUCUGUGUUAUCACAGACAGUGUAGAGCUGAUACCUGAGUGCACGUCAAGUGGAAGUCCAAACCUGAUCCUUAAGAGACACUUUUGUCUUGGUUUUAUCUGUAACUUUGCGUCUGAGCAGGUCGGACACUCAACUCCUGGACCUGAGCUGUAAAUGUUUGUAAGUGUCCUGCAGAUACUAAUAUUUGUUGUAAUGUCCUGCUCAUCAGAGGCAAAGUGCUAUAACGACAAAAUGAACAACAAGAUGUUUCUUAAUACUGGACUUAUUCAAUAGAUGUCUUGAGUGUAAACACAGUUUUCAGACCAUUUAAAGCCAAAAGGGGAAAAGGUUCCAUCUUCAGUGACUCAUUACUGUUCCUUCCAAUAUAGAAUUAAGUAUUGAAGUCUAGAUUAUUUGUUGAGGAACAUUUGGUGUGUUGCAUGACUUCAAAGAAAAAUAGUUUGUGUUGUUAAUUUGUCUUAUGUAUUUAAACACCCUCAUUCAUUGGUAGCACAAACCUGCAACCUUUAAGUUUGUGUAAUGACUGACUGACACUUAGAAUGGAUCUCAGAAAUAGAUCUUUUAGUUUUUUCAUAAAAUAAAUUAUGUUCUUUUAUUUAAUUACAUGGGCAAAUUGUUUGUUUUGUGGCAAAGAGGUUUUAUUUCCUACUAAUGCCAAAAAUCCUCACAUAGUGAAUGGGUUUCAGGACCUCUAAGUACACACAAGGAAUGUUUCAUGGCGACUGUACGUUACAGUAUAUGCAUUUCAGGACACGCAAUGAUGAAUUAUAGAAGUAAUACAUCUAUCCAAGUGUAAUUAUUCAUUAAUGUGAACAUAAAGAAAAAACAUCACAGGCCACAUCUACUCAAAUCGUUUUAUUGUGUAGCGUCAUUAAAGUACUGAAGUAUGAUGGCGUCUAACAGAGGAAUCCUGAAAUAUGAACAAUAAAUAACAAACUGUUUACAGUAA